CGUGCCCUUUUCAUCGGUAUUAACUACACGGGAUCGGCCAACGAGUUGAAGGGAUGCGUGAACGAUGUCCGCAAUGUGCACGGAUGGUUGACAAAGAACUACCCUUUCCAAGAGGUGUUGAUCCUCACCGACGAUCAGCAGGACUCGAGCCGGAAGCCCACCAAGCAGAACAUUGUCAACGCCAUGGGCUGGUUGACCAAUGGAGCUGCUCCCGGUGACUCGUUCUUCAUCCACUACAGUGGACACGGAUCGCAGCAGAAGGAUACCACCGGUUUGGAGAAGGAUAGCAUGGCCGAGACGAUUGUGCCCUUGGAUUUCGAGACGGCCGGUCAGAUUGUUGAUGAUGACCUAUUCAACUACCUCGUCCGCCCGCUCCCCAAAGGCUCCCGCCUCACCGCCAUCUUCGACUGCUGCCACUCCGGCUCCGUCAUGGACCUCCCCUUCACCUACACAGUCGACGGCAACCUCGAGAUCAUCGUACGCGACAACCGCAACGAAAUGAUCAAAGCGGGAAUCAAAGCCGGCAUGGCCCUCUUCCGCAAGGACAACGCCACUGCCUUCAAAGAAGUGAAAUCCCUCGUCGGACUCCUCAUGGAAGGCCAGAACGGAGGCGGAUCCCAGACCGCUGACCCUGAACAGGAUAAACGCAACCGAGAGAAGUAUACCACGGAGGCGCACGUUGUUCAGUUCUCGGGGUGCAUGGACUCCCAGACGAGUGCGGACGCGCAUAUCGGGGGAGAGGCUACCGGCGCGAUGUCGUGGGCGCUGAUGAAGACGUUGGCGGAGAAUAAUCAUCAUAUGACCUAUACCCAGGUGUUGAGGGAGACGAGGCAGCUGUUGCAGGGGCAGUAUAAGCAGAUUCCGCAGAUGUCGACUGGUAAGUGCGGAGUGUUGAUGAGAUGGGAAGUGAUUGCGUUCGUGUGUGUGGGUCUGUCUCAUCUGAUAUUGUUUGGCAUUCCCGCGCUUUCUUGA